AUGGCAGAUAAACCAAAUUUGGGUGAAAUUGACACAUUCGACAAAUCUAAGCUGAAGAAAACGGAAACGCAAGAGAAGAACACACUACCCACAAAAAGACAAUUGAACAAGAAAAAAAGGCAUAAAAACGUAACUGACCCAUCUACAAACCAAUGA